UUGUAUCAACUUACAACUAUCAAGUGACAUAUCACGAUAAAACUCAGUUAAUGAAAAAAAAAUCAUAUUUCUGUAUGUUUUGAUACAUUGGAAAUAUUGUAACAUUUAAUUAAUCAUUUUUAAAAUCGUAACAUAUAUUUCAUAAGGUACUUUACAAUACGUUUUCAAUCGAUUUGUAAAAUGGAUCUAUGCGGAACGUCUUUUUACGAAAUUAUAUCUUAAGCAAGUUUUAUGCUAAAAUCGUGAGCAAGUUGAAGAAAAGGUGGGGCUCAAACUAGCUCACUAGCACCUAAAUAUUGGUACAACAUUUUUAAUAUUCCGACCUUUUGUCGAAAUGGAAGAUAAACGCGUGCUCAUUUCUUAUAUUUUUAAAGGAAUGACUUAAGAUUGGAUAUUAGUGUUUGCUGUUCUUAUAUACUAUGAUUAUCACUUAAGAACUGUGUUAUGUAUACUUUGAUAGAAAUCCUUUUGGGCCUUGGAGUGCUUGGCACUCUGGUGACAGUCAUAUCUGCAUGUGUUUGUGGUUGCAGAAAUUCCAAUCAGAAAAGUGAGUUGGUUGGCACAGCGGGAGUGGUCAAAAUUCAUUUGGAUGAGGAGGCUCCAUCCCCAACGCCAACCACUCCAGCUUCUAUUAAGCGAGCCUCUACUCAAAAUAGUCAGCGAAGUUUACCAGAAAUACCACAUCCAGUUGGCAGACAUGAUAGUGGAGAUACGGCUUCAGAAAUUUAUGCAACAGUUAAUUUGGAUGAAGCGAACAAGGUCGCUGCAACGACGUCAAGAGAUCACCCAUACGAGCAUGCCUACGCCAAACUGCAAAAUGAAAGCCAUAAUAUAACUGUUGAAAUAACGACGGACGAAAGUUCCGAAGUCGAGAUUCAAAUAGAUGAGAGGGAAGCGACGCCGUCAGCUGCAGAAUCAGUGCCGAUUUCGGCAUCCGUGGCCAUAAGCGGCCAAUUGCCGUCGAGUCAGGAGCUGCCUUACAUUACACCGCCUUCGCCGAGACCGAUCCCCGAGCCCGCAGUUCACUUUAGUGGGGAUUCAACUGAUUCUGCCAAGGGCUACACAAGUAUAUCAGUACGGGAGCCACUGAGUAACAUUCGUGCUCAAACCAUCAAACCAUCUCAACCCCACUAUGCCACCGUAUCUGAUGAUUCUGACGAAAUGUACGCGGCAAUAGAAGAAGCGAGCGUCGGCGAAGGUUCGGACACGUACGCUCAGAUUCCGGACCCGCGAACACGAAGGACCACGACUCAAGCGAUUGUUCAACAACCACCCUCAGAUAACACACAUACACACGAAGUUACUGUUCAUGCAAGGAGAAGUGCACCACCUGAAGUCGGUGCCUCGACAUCUCAUAGUACACAUUCUCGACAAGCAUCAAUGUCGUCAUGUUCGAACUCCGCGGGUGCGUUAGGAUCUCCGAAGCCAGAGAAGCGUCAGGCAAACUCACCUUUACCUCCACCGCCGCAAGCGCACGAUCCCAAACAUCACCGGAUAAAUAGUGCCAGUGAUCUCCACUUCAAUCAUGAUAAACUCAGGCGAAGUCUUAACGAAAAGCACCAACGAAACAACAGCUGUGUCAGUUCCUCGGACUUCUACGGCUGCAACUAUCCCGUUGAAAAACACCGGUUUAGUUCCGGGGACUUGAUAAGACCCCUCGUCGCUAAAGAACUCAAUUUUGACAUUGAUCAAAAGGAACAAGCGGAUAAUCUGUACAAUUCCAUCGAAGGACCAAAUCUGAGCGACUACUCUUCCGCCGACGCUAAUACUAGUAUAAACUCGGAGCGGGCCACGGAAAGCCCUUCCAGAAACGUCGAGGAAAUGUACGCAAAGGUGAUAAAGAAAGCUAAAACGAAAGAAGAGACAAAAAAAGUCAAAGACUCCAAUGAAGAGAAAUUGAAGUUUCGCGGGGACGAUCCCGGAUACGAGACUAUAGAUCGAAAACAAUCCGUUCACGGAUACGAAACGAUAUCAAGGAAACGGAAGAGCCAGAACCAAGAUCCCGGCUACGAAACGGUAAAAGAAAUGCACAUCGGACAAAACUUCACCAACAAUAACCUCAAACACUUGGAGUCCGACAGUGGACCGAAUAGCAUCAUCAGCAAUGACGCCGGCUACGAGCUGAUAGCCAAAACAGACAACAAUGCGUCGGACUCCGACCCGAACUACGAAGUUUUAAGGAAUAACCCACCGACCCCGCCAUACGCGACCAUAAGUUCCAAUUACAAAGUACAAGCGACGUAUUCCACAGUGAACAAACGAACGGGCAAAUACAGCAGUCUGCCAAACAAUAACGAACCGAGUGUCGAGCCUAACUACGAGUCCAUGACGAAUGACCCGAUAUACACGACUGGGAGCGAAUCGGACCCCAACUACGAGUCGGUGAGGCCUAAAGAGCCGAAUUACGAAAGCGUAAACGCCCAAGACCCGAAUUACGAGUCUCUCAGGGGAAAAGACCCAAAAUAUGAAUCGGUCCGGUCGAAAAACUCCAGACACGACUCGGUCCGGUCCAAAAACGAUCCUAACUACGAGAGUGUGAAAUAUUUUGAGCUUUCGAAGAAGGAGCCGCCUUACGAGAAGGUCGAUAUGGGUGAGAAUUCUGGUAUCGAAAGGUCCGAUUCCUCUGCGGGUUACGAGAGGAUAAAUAUAUCGAACAAUAGGGAACCGAAGAGUAUUAACAAUAGUGAUUGCACCGUGAGUGAUUACUUCCAAGUUUAAUACCAAAAUUUAGUAUUUUUGAACAUUUACCUGUGUAAUUUGAGAUUGCUUUUAUUUAUUCAUGCGAAUUUUGAAUAUUACAAUUAAGAAUGUCGUUGACGAUAUUGUUAAUUAGCCGGUUAGAACGAAUUGUAGGUAAACGGAGGAGUAAUCUGAGAAGUGGUAACAGUUUUAUUCAUUGACGGGUUGAGUUCCUAUAUUCAUUUUAUUAAUAAGCGGCCUCGUUAUAGAUGAAAAAUUGAACAUUAAUCUAAUUUUGAAUAUAGAAUGUCGCGUCAGGAAACAAUAAGUCUUAUGAAGUACGCCAUAAAGAUUAAUUUCCUUUAAAGUCCUAUUAAACAGGUCAUGAAUUUGAAGGUUGUAUUUGUAUAUAAUUUAACGAUAAAUAAUAAAAUUAAUAUAUGAACCACCCAAAUAUAUGUAUUAAAUACAGUCACAAUAAUUUGGAAUGGAAAUAACAUUCCAAUAGAAAAUUCCUAGCGAAACCCGUAUAGAUGACAGACCGACUUAACAAUCCUAUUCCUUAUAUAUCUGUGAUAUGUAUUGUAACACAAUUUUUCAUUCACCCGAAAGAAAUUGGAAACAUUUUAAAAUUUUGUAAUCUCCAUUUUUGUGUGUUCGUAAUUUUAACACCAACUUUUUUAUAAUUGUACAACGCGAUUGUAAAUACCGCUAUUUAUUAGUAUAUAGACUAUAUUUAGUAAGACACAUAGUGUCCGUAAGUCUGUCCAGUCAUACCCACAUUAGCAAUAAUCAAAUAUGUAAUGCGCAUACGACAAACUUUAUGGCAUUUCUAGAUAUUCCAAAAGAACACUAGAAUACACCAAGGAAUGUCAUGUCCUUAUAUAGAUAACGUUUAAUAUAACAUAGGUAUUUUUUAAUUAAAGCAAAGAAUGCUAUUCUUUAAAAAAAGUUUCACUUUGAAUUAAUAAUCUCCUACGUUCUUUUGAAGUCGGAUAAAAAUUUAUAAAAGACUGGAUCCUUUUUCUCCGGGCGUAGUGAUGGUUUUUUUUAUUCAACUUUUCAAUUCAAUACAGCUAUACCUUGGUAAUUUUAAUCUUAUUCACAUUGUACCCUCAGUUCAUAGUGUCAUCACAUAAACGUUUGCACGUACUCAAUACAAUAAUGUCACUGAACACUUCUACUAAUCGUACGUUAAGGGGCUAAACCGAUUACAAGACGGUCGUAUUACCAGAAGUAAUGUCUUCUUUUAUUUUUACUAUUUCAAUUCAGAUCCAUAAAGAAAGCCAUAAAGUUUGUCACGUUAUUGUAAUAGUGCCUUGUAGACGCACAAAAUGAUUCUUGCAUUUGGUAUGGUCAUUCCCAAUUCUCUUAAUGCAAUUAUAAGUAUUAUUCGCAAUGGUGAUUCUAAUAUAUUUUCUAGUUAAGUUUUGUUUUAAGAAUGUUAUGUUUGUUACUUUUUAUAACUUGAAAGUUGAGUGUUUCCUUUAUUGCCAAUAAGUGCAUAAUUAUAGUACAGUACCUGAGAGAAUUAUUAAGAACUGAUUGUGCUAAAUAG